CUUGCCUCUCUGUAGAGUGAGCAGAUAGACCUCCUGGCAGAAACUAUGAAUUCGAGGAGCUCAUGGGAAAUGGACCCCAAGCUACUCUUAGUCCUCCUCUUCCUUCUCCUCCUGGGCCCCUCUCAUUCCCAAGCUCCCUGUGAGACCCAUAAAGUGGAUAGCAAGCUGGAGAUCAACUGUGAAUCCCUUGGUCUGAAGUCUGUGCCGUUGAAGCUGCCCCCAGACACUACUAAUCUCUUUCUUCAGAAUAAUGGUCUGAAAUCCUUCUUCACUUCUUCCCUCAGUCUUCUAACCCAACUCACUGAGCUCAAAUUAGCUAAAAAUAGUAUAAGUGUCUUGCAGGCAGAUGGGAAACUUCCACUCCUCUCAAGCCUGGAUCUCUCUGAUAAUGACCUACAGAAGCUUCCCCAAUUAGGGCCGUCUCUCCCCUCUCUCACAUUGCUUGACCUCUCCAGAAAUGCCCUAGAAUCUCUGUCUCCACAAGCUCUGACUGGUCUGGAUUCCUUAGAGAACCUCGACCUUCAAGGCAACAAGCUGAGGGAUCUGCCCCCAGGGUUUCUGAAAGGAACACCCAAACUCCAGAAGCUGAACCUGGCAAACAAUUACCUACACCAUCUGUCAGCAGACCUGUUGGCAGGCCUCGACAAUCUAAACACCCUCUUCCUCCAGAAUAACCUGCUCUCUCUCCUUCCCCCUGGCUUCUUCGGGACCCUUCUCCUGCCUUAUGUCUUCCUCCAUUCCAAUCCAUGGAACUGCAACUGUGAACUUCAAUACCUCCGUCGUUGGCUACAGGAAAAUAAGGGGAAUGUCUACCUCUGGCAGCAAGGUGUGGAUGUCAGGAUCAUGACUCCAGAUGUUGAGAGUGUGCAGUGUGAGACUCCCUCUAGGACACCUGUCUACACCUUCUCUGCAAAUUGUCCCAUCUCUAGGGAUUAUGAUUAUGACCAAUAUGACUAUGAUGGGCCAACUAGGAGAGGGGUCCUAGAAACUGAAACUACCAGUAGUUCGACCGCCAUCUCCCCGGAGCAUUCCACAGUUCUUAGGAGCUCAAAAAUGACCAUGACACAACUCACCACAUCCCCAAUCACUUCAGAAAAAAACACGUUCCCAAGUACCCGAAGGUCUACCAUAUUCCCUAGCAGCUCAGAAACAACUCUGUCCCCAACAAUGCCAGAACCCACUAAGUUCCUGAUCUCCUCAGAAACUACCACGCUCCAUAUCACCCCCAUACCCACUGCAUUCUCAGAGAAUCUGGAAACAACCAGCUUCCCAACCUCUCCAGAAGCCACCGCAUCUGUAGUAACCUUAGAAAAAACCACCUUCCCAAAUGCCCAGAGGUCCACCAUAUUCCUUAACAACCCAGAAACAACUGUGUUCCCAACUAUGCCAGAACUCACUAGGUUCCCAGAAACUACUACACUUCAGAUCACUCCAGAAAAUACCACAUUCCCAGCUACCCAAGGGUCAACCAUAUUCCCAAACAGCCCAGAAACUACUAUGUUUACAAUGCCAGAAUCCACUACAUUCUCAGAGAAUCUGGAAACGACUGGGUUCCUGUCUCUAGAAGCCACCACAUCCCCAGUAACCUCAGAAAAAGCCAUGCUCCAAACCACCCCAGAAUUUGUCAUACCAAACACAAAUUCCACUGCACAGACCUCUUCCAUGCCUGUUACCUUCCCCAGUCUCUCUUCAACUUUAACCCUCCUGAAGUCCACUAUCUCCCCACCAAAUGAAGUUGUGGCUCUAGGAAGCUUAGGGGAUCCCAGCGACUCCUCCCCUCCCCUUUCCAUCUCCUGCUGCCUUCUUUCUCGCAGGUUCUACAUCUUUGGAAUAGCGUGGAUUCUGGUCUCUUCCCUUGUUCUCACUCUCUUUUUAGCUCUUGCCCAGCCCCCACCUCACCUGCCAAGGACCCAUGCCUUUAUGGAAGACAUCUCCAAACCACAGGCCACUGUCCACCUUGAACUCCUUAAGGGCAAGCAGGUGAUAGUCCCUAGAGCUUGCCUCCUAUUUCUUCAGGGUUCAAUACCCUCCUUCCGAACUAGACUCUUUCUGUGGGUACGGUCCAGUGGCAGAGUGGGACCUCUGACUCUGAAGAGGAAACCAUCUGCCAUAAGCCUGGGUCGAGGGGAAGACCUGCUGGGGUCGGUCAGCAUCAGGUAUUCAGGACACAGCCUCUGA